ACACAUGGAGAGUUUGAUCUCUAAGUUGGGAAUGGCCAUUGAAAUAAUGGAAUAAUUCCCUACGUGUGGAGCACAAAGUGCAUCUGGAUCACCAUCAAAUGUCAUUCAAGUACAACAAAAGAGACAUCCCUCUAGCAGCAAUCUCAAACAAUAUUUUGGUUGACAUAUCGAAAUUGAACCUCAUGCGCUGGUUCUGUGAAUAGAAAAAUUUCUCAUUGUUCGUGACUAUGGACGUGUAAGAAGAGACGACUUUGAUGACUUAGAUGGAAACUUACUUGAAGCUAGAAACAUGGUUGAAAUGAAUCUUCAGCGAGGACAAGGAGCAGUCGGUCAUCUAUUGAAAAUGUUUGUCAACAAUAAAGUUGCUGACUACAACGAAACUAUUUUCGAAGCAGUAACAAAUACCAGUGUUGAUGGAUCACAGGCGGAUGACGUUUGGAAUAAAAUCCAUACAGUCUUCUACAGUCCAGUUAUAAAUGGUGAGGAAAGCGUAAGACCACGCCCAGGGACAAGCGCAAAUCGUAGCGAGAACAACGACAGAAUAAAAAACCAAAUGGCUGAAACGUGGACUACGGGGAUCGCUCCUAAAGUUUGUUCAAACUGGGAACUGUUUCUCUCAAUGCGACUACCGGAGUCCGUGACAAUCCAAGAUUAUUCUGUGGUGGUUCUAAAUCUUCUACGAGUACUAAAUGGAAUCAGUCGUUAUUGGGGAUCGUUGUACGAUCUCGAUAGUUACGACCCUAUCUCAACUAACAAUAAGUUUCUUCACCACCAACUAACCCACAAGGUUAAUCAACACCUCAAGAAAAUCGUACAAGAAAUCGUCCAAGAAAUCGUCCAGCCGAAGUUGUAA